UUUCCGAAGAUACUCGAGGACAGCCGAUAGUUUGUUUUUGCUUCUGCCAUUUUGUUUCUUUUAAGAAGACGCUCGUGAACUUUUUGCAAUGGCAGAAGUACAGCUGUUAGUUUUGGGCCCAGAAGGUGUCGGAAAAACUGUUAUGCUGAAAAGGCUUCAAAUGUUAACUGCCCAGCAGAAUUUAGCGCAAGCCCAACACAAGCAAGAUAUUGGCGAGACACCUUCAACAAUUCCCACAAUUGGAGUGAAUUUGGUCACUGUAACAUACGUUAGAAAGAAAUAUACCUUCAGGGAACUUGGAGGAGCAAUGGGACCAAUUUGGAGUAAUUAUUUCAAAGACGCAAGCCAUUUAGUGUACAUUAUAGACACGGCAAAUCAGACCCAGGUAGCAUCUUCUUGUAUUCAACUCCUUGAAGUGCUCGCCUCGAAACAGACCCAACAUAUGCCCGUUCUUCUGAUUUUCAACAAGAUUGAUUCACCAGAUCGCCUGAGUGUGAGUGAAAUAAGCGCUUUAAUAAGACUUAGAGAGAUAUCAGCAAACGCCAGGCAAGACAUUACAGUUUUGGAGUGCAGUUUUCGCGAAGGGACAGGCUUAAAUCAAAUUUUAAAAUGGCUGCAGGAGAAAUGUUCGAAGUAAAAUGAAAUAAACACCUGUUUUGAAGCAUCUUUUGUUUCCUUUGGUGUUUAAUAGAAAAAACAUUUAUCUCUUGGUUUUCCAAGGUUCUGAGCCUAUCAAAACACAAGUAACCAAGGUGUAAAAUUCCUGUUCUUGGAAAACGAAUUACUUUUAUCUUUGGGUUAUCUAUGGUUAAAUUACUUUUUUAUCUAUUCAAAAUUUUUGUUUUGAUCUGGUGACGUCACUCCAUGUAAAUCACAGAUGAUGUCACAAUGUGACAAGAAUAAAAAAAGAGGUCCAUGAGCUGUAGAUGCGUGUCACUGAUGUUCUUGCUAUGAUCUAUAUCACUGAACAGUAUAAGCUGGCAACAUGGACUUUAUUGUUUUGUGUAAUAAAGUAGCAAAAUGUUGUUA